UGAUUACAAGUGUUAAGUUUGAAUAAAGUACGGAAGAUAUAGUAGUAAACAACUAAUAGAACUAAUUCGCAUUUGCGAACCUUAUAAAUUCAUCAGUUAAAAGACGUGAACCUUCAUUUUAUCACUGCCUUCAGAAUGUAUCUCGGACGAGUACUAAUUUUUGCUUUAAUCGGCACUGUAUUCUCGGCGAAAGGAAAACGGUCGCUUUUGGAACCUAUCGAAUUCAGUCCAUGCGGAAGCCGAUGUUUAAGAUUCUACCGUUGUAGUCCAUAUUUCAAUGGUGAUCCUGCUUGGGGUAUUGUCGAUGGUGUCUGUAAAGUAUUUUCAAAUGGCUGUACGUUAGGCAACGUUAAUUGCAGUCGUAUAAAUGAUUGUCUAAAGGAAGUUAAAUCUGUUGAAAAAAAGGAAUGUCAAACUUAUUGUCCUGAUUGUACUAAUAUUGCAAAAGAUCCUGUGUGCGGUUACUUCUAUUAUUACGCAGGUGCAGAAACAUCCACUAUGACUUCAACAUUCGAUAAUCGGUGCGAAAUGGAGAAAUGGUCCUGCUGGAAUGGCAUACCUUAUAAUGACGCAACACUAGGAGCUUGUGCAUAAGUUAUUUUUUUUAAAUUCAUAUUUAUUUGAUAAUAAAUUUUUGUUUGCAUCUACAGCAAAGAUUAAUUGAAAGUAGAGUAAAAUUAUUUAUUGUUUCAUUUUU